GGCUGCACCGACUGAGCACCGGAGCGCUUUUACGCACACAGGAGGUUCUGCUCGGACACGGUUCUCCCCCUGCCGGGUUCUGACUCCACGCAGAGCGACAUGGCCGAGCUGGGGAAAGGCGUCACCGCCGGGAAACUGGCCCUGAACGUCCAGAAGAGGCUCAGCAGGGCCCAGGAGAAGGUCCUGCAGAAACUCGGCAAAGCCGAUGAGACUCGGGACACUGCGUUCGAGGAGCUGGUGACGAACUUCAACAAGCAGAUGGCCGAAGGCACCAAACUGCAGAGGGACCUGAAGGCCUACCUGUCGGCGGUGAAAAUGAUGCACGAGGCUUCGCGACGCCUGCAGGACUGCCUGGCUGACAUGUACGAACCAGACUGGUUUGGAAAGGAGGAGACGGACGCCCUGGCAGAGGACACGGACACACUAUGGCUGGACUAUCACCAGAACGUCACGGACAAGUCUCUGCUGUGCAUGGACACGUACCUGGCUCAGUUUCCUGAAAUCAAGGCUCGUAUAGCGAAGCGUGAGAGGAAGUUGGUGGACUUUGACAGCGCCCGUCAUCACUUCGGCUCCUUACAGAAAGGCAAGAAGAAGGACGAAGCUAAGAUCGCUAAGCCGGCAGUUCUGUUGGAGAUGGCGGCUCCCAGCUGGGCUCAGGGUUUGAUUUCAGCCCACCAGGUGGCUCAGACUAACCUGUCCUACAACCAGGCGGAGGAGGAACUGGGCCGGGCUCAGAAAAUAUUCGAGGAGCUGAACGUAGAGCUGCAGGACGAGCUCCCGGCUCUGUGGGAAAGUCGUGUUGGCGUCUACGUUGGCACAUUCCAGAGCCUGGCAGGUCAUCAGGAGAAGUUCCACAAUGAAAUGAGCAAACUCAGCCAAAACCUGAACGACAUCAUGACCAAAAUGGAGGAGCAACGACAGCUCAAAAAAGAUGCUCCUGCAGCAUCAAAGACAGGAGAUGGUGCAAAAAGUGAGGAAGCCAACCACAGCGAAUCAGCCAGCUCAGCUCCAAAGCUACAGAGUUUGGUGACCAAUGGCUCCAAUGGAGAGCUUCCUCCAGGGUUCCUCUACAAGGUCAAAGCUGUACACGAGUACACCGCCACAGAUAAUGACGAGCUGGAGCUGAACAUCGGCGACGUUGUUUUGGUUUUGGCUUUUGACAACCCAGAUGAACAGGACGAUGGCUGGCUCUUGGGUUUAAAGGAGUCCCACUGGUUGCAGAAAAAAGAUAUUUCAGCCAAAGGUGUUUUCCCUGAAAACUUUACUCAGAAGGUUUGAUGUCAACGCCACAAACAGAUUCUAGCCUUUGUCUCCUCCAUCACCUCAGUUCUCACCUCGAUUUUUGUU